GCUGGAGAUUGGCUGAGUCCAGACGACUUUUAAAACCUUCGCGACUUGGAAACAAAUAAGCAAACAAAAGAAAAAGAGGCGAUGAAAUUACAUCAUUUAGAACUUGUGCAGAAACGAUCUCUUCACUUUGCAAGAUUAUGUUGAGACAAUAGGAGCAUCCAGUGACCAUCUGUAAACAAGAGGCCAGUCCUAGGGAGCCUCAACUCUGCCUCUAUCUUUGAACUCUCUGAGAAUACACCUGCAAAGUCAUUUACUCUCACCCUCUAUCAGAAACUUUCACCUCGCAACUUAUCAUAACUGAAAAACCAUGGGCAAUUUCAAAGGACAUGCACUUCCUGGAAGUUUUUUCCUCCUAUUUGGCUUGUGGUGGUCGGUGAAAUAUCCUAUGAGGUACCUCUGCAGAAAGAAUAAGAACGUUUGUUACUUGGUAUCAGUCUCAGGGCAUCGACGAUUAGACAUCAUUGAAGGAAUUGUGAAAGCCAGCUUUGCACUAAUAGGCAUGAUGGCAGAGCAGUUUGUUCCUGAUGGCCCCCAUCUGAAGUUGUAUAACUAUGAGGAAAAACAUUGGGACCACCUGAUGAACUGGCAGCAUGCAACUAUGUAUCUUUUCUAUGGCAUCUCAGGGAUUGUGGACGUUAUAGUCCAUAUAACUCCUGCAGUGCCAUUAGCCCUUGACAGGCUCAUGCUUGCCAUUGCAGUCUUCAUUGAAGGUUUUUUGUUUUAUUACCAUGUUCAUGGUCGUGCAAUGCUUGACAUUCAUGUGCACAUCCUGCUGUUGGUGGCAGUGUUUGGCGGCUCCCUUAGCAUCUUUCUUGAAGUCUUCCUCCGCGGCAAUAUAGUACUGGAACUUUUGAGGACAAGCCUUUGUAUACUGCAGGGCAGCUGGUUCUGGCAGAUUGGAUUUAUUCUGUAUCCUCCAAAUGGAAGCCCUGAAUGGGAUCAAACUAGUCAUGACAAUUUGAUGUUUAUUACCAUGUGCUAUUGUUGGCAUUAUGCUAUUUCAAUCCUCAUUGUGGCCCUUAGCUAUGCGAUUGUCAGUUGGGUGAUUCAUACAAAGUUAAAGAAGGUCGAACCUCUGGAGAUGGGACUGUUGAAGUCAUCAGAAAAAGAUCAAGAAGUUGAGGAUGAAAUAUAGCCUGAUAAAUAUUGUAGUUUGCUACCAUUAUGCCUUCUUUAUGUGUAUAUUCUUUUAGAAUCUUUAAUAUUUUCUGAUGUUAAACCCUUCCAUAAGCUUAAACCUGUGUCUACAAAGGAACAAAUGUAUUCAACAAUAUCUGUUUUGGAUUGAAAUGGAUACAUUUCUUUUACUGCUGUCUUUUAUUUGUAUCAAGUCAACUAGUGAAAAGGGUAAUAUUUAUGAUCUUUACAAUAAUCAGAACUUGAUCCUGAUUUCCAAUAGCUUCAGUGACUGGUGAAAGGGGAAAUGCACACUCUUGUACUUGACAGCAUGUCUUCUAUGUUUAAAAACUCCUAUGUGAAAAUUAACAAGGCCUGAAAGAAAGUAGUAAUCUUUUUGAUAAUAAUGCUUCAGAAGAAGUAGAACAAAGAAAGAGCACAGGGAUGAAAUUGAUUUAUACCAAUAAUGCAGAAAGGACUUAUAUUAAAUCUGCUCCCUAUCAUACAUCCAUUAAAAAAGAGAAUUCAGCUUCGAUUAAAAUGGGCUGCUAAGUUAUCAUGAGUUCAUUUUGUACAAUUGUCUUUUUAAAAGUCAAAGGAAGAUUUUGGUGCUCAAACCUAUAAUCAGUGAAAAUGGUAGUUUAAAAAUGACAUACUACAAAUUAAAAAGUGUAGGCAACUUCUAUUUCAGCAUUACUUCAGUCCAAAUUCUAAUCCUUAAAUCCACACCAAUGACUGAGGUGAUAUAAAAUUCAGUUUGUGACUCUGAAGUCACAAUGUCUGAUUUAAAAGAAUUGUAAUGUUUUUGUUUUAAAUGUGCCCUUGUUACAGUAAACAUUUGAGCUUUGAAAAUAUAUUUACCCAGAGACAAAUAUAUAUGAAGUUGUUUGACAUUACAAAGAAGAUUGAAAUUCUAACCUUUCUGAAAACCUGCAAUAUACUUUCUUAUAUAGUCUAGCUUCAUUUACUCCACUGACAAACACACUGACCUCGUGCUCAGCCACGAUUAAAUGUCAUAAAUCGUAGAGGCUGAAAUUGCUCAUCGAAGAAUGUUUCUUGUUCGUGUGAUGUUUCUGGCAGUUUCAAAUCAAAUUUAAAUAGUGCAAAUUUCAUAAAAACAAUUAAAUAAAAAUCACAAGAAUACAAUUGGUUUUUUUCACUCAUCCAGAUACUGUGAACUAGCAAGCUGUAUUACAUACUUUGCAAAAGGAAAUUGAAUGCAAUGUAAAACAGACUGCAGACUCACCUUGAACACAUUUCAUGCUAUUGUCAAAAACAAAAUUUCACUCUAGCACGUAAUUGAAAAGUCUGCAAUAGCAUCAUUGCAACCAUUUUCCCCAAACUACAUUCUGAAGCAAUAUUUGAUAUCAAAGGGGAACGACUUCACUUUGUGAAGCAAAAUUACAAACAUGUUCUUUAAUUUCUUUGUUACAAAUAGCAAAUAAAAACACAUGCAAACUCAUGCAUUAGUCUUACAAACUAGCUUUAAAAACAACCAUCUUUAUUUCCACUUGAGAAAUUAUGGGUUCCCAGAAUUGUCCAAAGGCUUCCUUGUUCAGCCACCAUAGUUUAGAGGAUUGCUCAUACCGUCUGAAUGGGUUUUAUGUCAAAGUUGCCCUGACUGAGAAGCUUAAUUAUUGAACCAUAUACUGUUCUAUCGCUUAAAUUUUCUGUUAGAUUGUUUCACUCCAUAUAAUCUGAAGGUUAUAAAGUUUAAGUGUCAGUGUCUAUUAUUUAAUGCAGUAGUGUUUAAACAAUCUUUUAAAGUGAAGAAAUACCAUAAAAGUGUCAAUCUUAAUGUUUUAACACCUCCUUUAGAAUUAAAACUUUAUUACAUAUCUUUUUACAAAAUUAAACCCAUGAUACCCAUGACUGAACUUAAAAGUAGUGGCCAGUGCUUGAAAUAUAAGUACUUGUGAAAAGCAUUUGCUAACAAUGUGCAAAUUCUGUAAUGAAAACCCUUACUGUGUGACCAAAAAAAAACUUCUUUGUAAAUGAUAUAUUUUAUACCAAAUAUUUCAUUGAAGAUUCAUUUUAGUUAGUCCGAAUUUAAAAUAAGAUGAAACCUAUAUAGGAAAUGGGAGUUAUAACUGUGAUCAAGUAGCAUAAUAAGUUCCCUUCAAGUAUAAUGGUGCAUCCUGAUAUUACACUUUGCUGCAGCUUUGAAGCAUAUUUAUUUAUAUCCUUGUUAUUAAGUCUUUUAAGGAGAUAAGGAAAUGUGACAGUUCUUUUUAAAUUAGGGCUAAUAUAAGCUAUUCAUCCUGAUGGCAUUUAUCUUUAAAUAGUUAUUAUUAUUUUAUUUUUUCCCCCUUCUCCAAACGAUGAGACUAUCCUUGGCAUUACAGCAUUACAUUCCAAGCGCCGACAUCAAAUCUGAACCGCUUUCUGGACUCACAUUCAAGCCCACGUGUUGUCCUUAAGCAAAGACUUACAAUUUCUCUGGAAUGCUAACCUGAAGCAGAUGGUUCCAUUACCAGAAACUUAGAUUUGGAUACUGUUUAAAAAAAUGCUCUUUCUGUGUGGUGUGUCAGUCAUUUAGAAUGAAUUUACAACAUACGGUGAACAGAAAUCCCUUAUUGGAAGGGUGAAGUCUGGGCCAUCCUCCAAAGUUUGAUAUCUUUUCCAUGCAUGUCUGCACUUUAGGAUGUGUACACAAUCUCAAGGUGUUGAAAAAUGUGUUGCACAGUCAAACAAAUAAAUCAUUAAAAUCAACAAGUUUUGUUAAAUAUCACAACUUAGCUGUGAUAUUUCCUUUAGUGAAUUGUUUAUCACAAUAAAAUGGACCUUACAGGUCAGGAAACCCAUGAAUCUGUGACAGGCUACCACCAUUACUGAAAGUUUGAUUAUUGCCAGCACCAGACAUUUCCGAAACAUAAUACAAAAAUCAGAAUCUAUCUAUUCAAAACUUCCUACUUGAUCCCCUCAUUGAAUCAGCUGGCUAAAAUUAUAAUCAGCCAGCAAAAGCUGGACAGCAAUUACCAACAGCCAGUCAGUGGCACCCAGCUAUAGAUAAUCAAGUCACAGCUAAAUUGGGUGGACUGGACGAUGAAGUGUUUGGAGGAAGUUGAGGGAUUAGUAGUCAAGGGAGCGUUUGGAAGCUAGUCUCUCAAAGAAAUUGAAUUAACAGCUGAAACUACUGCCAUCUACCUCAGAGAUGGAAAAAAGGCUCAGUGCACUAUUGAGUUGCCAAGAAAUGUGCUUACGUGGAGUUGAAGGUAGCCAAUGAGAUGUGAGAAAUGUGCUUCAUAACCUGGCUGUAGGUUACUUCAAUAGGACCUACAAGUAUCUUCAGUUUCUCUGUUGGGAUUAAAGGAUAUUUUCUCCCACCCCAUUCCCUUAUUCAUUGUCAUAAUAUUUGCAUUCCUUCCCAGUCUAUGUUGGUGCAGUGUCCUACGCCUGCUUCCCCAAAGUUGCCAAUUGAUCCCUAUUCUGCCAUUUCUAAAUUCACUCCACUCCCUAUGCUGUCAUUGCCGUUCCUCCUCCAACAACAUAACUCUGAGCUGCUCUUCCCACAUUCCACUCCCAAAGUAAAUGCCACCAUUAUCUGCUUUAACCCUAUCUGAAUGGUGAUGCUGCUCCUAUUUAAUUCUGGUAACUAUCCUAGUAAAAGAUGAAUUGAUUGAUGGUUACAUGUUAUGGGUACAUUUUUUUUCCUUGUACUAUGCCAGAAGCAAGCUACAAUAGGUGAGGCAGGAAUGCUUGGUUGGGAGACUGUAUGGCAAUUUAGGACCAUUCAUUAAUUAAAUCUGUGGUAGUGCAUGGAACUGGUUCAGUCAAGUGGGCAAAAGCUUAAAGAGAUCAUACACUAAAACCUUAAGUAGACUCUCCACUGCAUGAGAACAGGCGAUAAUGAUGGAAAACUUGAAAAGUAAAUAAAAUAGUACGUAAACAUUGAAUGCAUGAAGUUAUAGUUCUGUGCUGAACCUCAGUGUGACCAAUGUAUUUCUAAAUCUUCCUUAUUAAGAAUUUGUGUGAAAUAUACAUUAAUGUUAUCAAUAUUAUUUUUGGUUUUAAAACCUACCAAAACAAUACCAUAAUAAGUCAUUUAAAGACUGUCUGUCUUUUGCUGCAUCAUUGAUGAAUAUUUUCUUGCUACUUAAUAAUGUGUAACUAGGUGCAAAUUUCAAAAAAUGCAGAAAAUAUUCCUUUGUCCCCCAUAUAUAGUUUAUUUUCAAAUAGAUCUUAAAACCUUCCUGUACAUCUUUCCAGAUAUCUUCAAUCCUACAUAUUUGUGUAUUCCAUUUUAAAAUGUUGAACAUUCACAGAAAAUCAUAUUUAUAAAUAAUUUACAAGAUAAGUUUUGAGAAUCAUACUUGAUUUGUAGCAUGUAAAAGAUAGAAUAUGAAAGCUUUAAAAAUAAAAAUAAAAUAACCGUUGCAGUUUUUGUAGAAUAAAUGUUUUAUAUGCAAAUACAUUUUGGAUAAACUUAGGUUUCUCUUUUUAGUAAUAUAUUAUAGUUAAA